UCCGCAGUCAGUCGUCAACAUGGCGUCCCGUGGCGCGGUGACUACGAGCGUGAUGCUCGGCGUGUGCCUCGUGUGCGUGGGGCACGUGCUGCGGCUUCCCGCGCGACUGCUCAGCGACGACGCGAAGCGUGCGCUGGGCUAUCCCCCGGACUCCCUGCUCAACUUCACCGAGCGCAGCGCGCGUUACGGCUACUCGGCCGAGGAGCAUCACCUUCGCACGCAGGACGGUUACAUUCUGACCGUGUUCCGCAUGGCCAGAACCAGGGGAAGUGGCGACGCGGGGGCGCCCCCCAUCAUUCUUAUGCACGGCCUGCUACAGAGUGCUGACGCGUGGCUGGACGCAGGCCCAGGCGCUGGCCUCGCGUAUCUCAUAGCGGACGCCGGCCACGACCUCUGGCUAGGCAACGUGCGCGGCAAUUACUACUCCCGCGACCACGUCCGCCUGCGCCCCGAUACAGAUCCCCAGUUCUGGAACUUCUCCGUCGACGAGAUAGGUCUCUACGAUGUGCCCGCCACCAUUGACUACGUCUUGAACUACACCAAGGCAGAUAAAGUAAUUUAUAUAGGAUUUUCACAAGGUGCGGGGACGUAUUUUAUCAUGUGCUCGGAAAGACCAGAUUAUUGUAACAAAGCAAAAUUACUAAUAACUUUAGCGCCGGCCGCUCGGCAAACAAACACUAAAUCGGUCCCUUACAGAGCACUCGCUCAAAGUAUCACCAAACUGGAAAGUGUUCUGACAGCCUCUGGCAUCCAGGAGGUGUUUACCAAAGGUGCACUCAGCCAAGAAUUCCUCGCGUUUUUCUGUCCGCUCAAUUGGAUUUCCGAAUUAAUUUGCGCCACUGGUGAAGCUCUGUUGGACUCGUUUCAUCCGGGCUCGAUCAGCAACGAGACGCUGCGGGUUCUGUUCGGACACUUUCCUGCCGGCACUUCUGUGCACAACAUGGCCCGUUACGGCCAGAGUAUGCAAAGUGAGAGAUUCGAAAAAUUUGACUAUGGUAAGUCGAAAAAUUUGGAGUUAUAUGGAAGUGUUCGACCUCCGGAAUACAACCUAAGUGCAGUGACAUUGCCAGUAACAGUGCUGUAUGGAGAGAGCGACCACCUGGUUGACACAGAAGACAUCGCGUGGCUGCUGCGCCGGCUGCCCAAUGUGGUCGAGGCGGUCAAAGUGAGUGACCCUCUCUGGAAUCACUUAGAUGUUACCUAUAGUAGUUUGACUAAAGAAACUAUUUUUCCUAAAAUUAGUGACUAUUUAUUUCAAUAUAGUGAUAAGUGAUAACUACAAGAU